GCUCAAUGUCGGAACGUUCCGAAGAUGACGUCGGAGCGUUCUCGAAUCCCGUGUCUCUCGGCUGCUGCUGCCGAAGGAACAGGGAAAAAGCAACAAGAAGGAAGAGCAAUGGCGACACUGGAUCGCAAAGUGCCCAGUCCGGAGGCGUUUCUGGGCAAACCCUGGUCCUCCUGGAUCGACGCCGCCAAAUUACACUGCUCCGACAAUGUAGAUUUAGAAGAGGCUGGAAAAGAGGGUGGAAAAAGCAGGGAGGUUAUGAGGCUUAAUAAAGAAGAUAUGCACUUAUUUGGCCACUACCCAGCACAUGACGACUUCUGUCUCGUCGUGUGCAGUGCCUGUAAUCAGGUCGUCAAGCCCCAGGUCUUCCAGUCGCACUGCGAGAGAAGACACGGUUCAAUGUGUAGACCUUCUCCCUCUCCGGCGCCUCCUCCCUCCCAUUCCAGGACAUCACUAGUACAGGCGAAAACAAAAGCCUGUUUCAGCGGCCAUAACUCUGCCAGCAGCACCUCAAAGCCAUUCAAAACGCCCAAAGACAAUCUUCUUACCUCCAGCAGCAGGCAGCACACAGUCUUUUCUGCGAAAGGAUCCAGGGAUAAACCAUGCGUUCCGGUUCCUGUAGUCAGUUUAGAGAAAAUUCCUAACCUAAUGAAGGCAGAUGGUGCCAAUGUCAAAAUGAACUCUGCAACCACUACUGCAGUCACCGCCUGCUCCAUCUCAUCCUCUGCUGUCUCCACCCCACCUUUAAUUAAGCCGGUCUUGAUGUCCAAAUCAGUGCCACCUUCCCCAGAGAAGAUCUUGAAUGGCAAAGGAAUUCUGUCCACCACAAUAGACAAGAAACACCAAAAUGGCACCAAAACCAAUAACAAGCCUUAUCGGAGACUGUCAGAGAGAGAAUUUGACCCAAAUAAACACUGUGGAGUAUUGGAUCCCGAGACAAAGAAACCUUGCACAAGAUCCCUCACCUGCAAGACACAUUCGCUGAGCCACCGGAGGGCAGUCCCAGGCCGGAAAAAGCAAUUUGACCUCCUUCUGGCGGAGCACAAAGCCAAGUCCCGGGAAAAAGAAAUUAAAGAUAAGGAGCAUCUCCUGACUUGCUCAAGGGAAAUACUUCCAAACCUGUCUGGGCCGGCACAGGACUGUCUGCCAGGAUCUUCAGGGAGCUCUGGGCCAGAACCUAAAGUCGCGUCCCCUGCAAAAUCCAGGCCACCUAACUCUGUGCUUCCUAGACCAUCAUCUGCAAACAGCAUAAGCAGCACCACAUCUUCCGGUCACAGUGGCCACACUCCGGAGCCCCCUCUAGCCCCAGUGGCCGGGGACCUUGCCAGCCGACUGUCCAGUGAUGAAGGGGAGAUGGACGGAGCUGAUGAAUCUGAGAAGUUGGACUGUCACUUCUCCACCCACCACCCCAAGCCUCUCGCGUUUUGCUCAUUCGGGAGUCGCCUCAUGGGACGAGGGUACUAUGUGUUUGAUAGAAGAUGGGAUCGUUUUCGAUUGGCAGUAAACUCCAUGGUAGAAAAACACUUGAAUUCACAGAUGUGGAAGCACAGAAACCCGAGCCACAGGGCAUCAGGUCCCUCCCCCCUUUUCAGGACUUGCCUAACCAAUCUGCUGUCACUGAGCAACAUUGGGGCUGCCUGGGUGUCAACUCUGGAGAGCGUAGCACCCCGCUGCCCUCUCAGCCUCGCUGCCCAAAGCCCAGGCCCCGAUGGGCCCGACCCCGGAGGGAUGGCAGCUGAUGGGGGCGUGGAAGACAUUAGGAAGAAAAGGAACGGCCGAGACUCUUUUUUCUUUAACAAGCAUUUAACUCUGCAUCAGGAGACGCCAACACAGUGUUCUCUUUCAGCCAGGAAGAUCCCUCCUGCGGCAGAUAGCCCCAUGCCCUCGCCAGCAGCCCACAUCACCACCCCCGUUCCAGCAUCCGUUUUACAGCCUUUCAGCAACCCCAGUGCUGUGUACCUUCCUUCAGCUCCCAUCAGCUCGAGACUCACCUCUUCUUACAUAAUGACAUCAGCCAUGCUCUCAAAUGCAGCUUUUGUGACAUCGCCGGACCCGAGCGCCCUCAUGUCACACACCACAGCUUUCCCUCAUGUGGCUGCAACCCUCAGCAUCAUGGACUCAACCUUCAAGGCCCCCUCCGCUGUGUCCCCGAUACCAGCCGUCAUCCCUUCCCCAUCCCACAAGCCAUCCAAAACCAAAACCAGCAAAUCCUCAAAAGUCAAAGACCUGUCCUCCCGUAGCGACGAGUCUCCAAGUAACAAAAAGAGGAAGCCACAGUCUUCGACUUCCUCCUCCUCCGCCUCAUUAUCCUUGCAGACAUCCCUUUCGUCUCCAUUAGCAGGGCCCCACAAAAAGAACUGCGUUUUGAAUGCCAGUUCAGCUUUGAACUCCUAUCAGGCGGCCACCCCCUAUAACAGUCUGUCUGUGCACAACUCCAACAGUGGGGUGAGCCCACUCAGUGCCAAACUGGAGCCCUCAGGACGGACCUCGCUGCCCAGCGGCCCCGCGGACAUAGUGAGACACAUGGGCUCGGUGGGCGGCAGCAGUGACUCAUGUCCCCUCCCUGUGCCCUCCCUUGCAGGGGACCUCUCUCUGGCCUCUCACAAUGCCGUGUCUUCUCUGCCCCUCUCUUUUGACAAAUCAGAAGGAAAAAAGCGUAAGAACUCGAGUUCUAGUAGCAAAGCCUGUAAAAUCACUAAAAUGCCUGGUAUGAAUAGUGUUCACAAAAAGAACCCACCCAGCCUUCUUGCACCGGUGCCCGAUCCCGUUAACAGCACCUCCUCUCGGCAGGUUGGGAAAAAUAGCAGCCUAGCUUUGUCACAGUCCAGUCCUUCAAGCAUGUCCAGCCCAGGACACAGCCGACAGAAGACCACGAACAGAACAGGCAGGAUAAGGACUCUUCCAUAACAAGACUUUGAAGCCACUUCCAGAUCAAUGCCUGGCCACCAGCCCACCCCAAGAGGCCAAGGCAGGAGGAAGAGGGAGGGGAGUGAGCGGCGGGGGAAAGUCUAUUCCUGUGCCCUGCCUGUGGCUCUAGCCUUUCUUCUUUUUUUAAUUGACCAAUUUUUAGUUUUGAAGAAAAAGGCGAGGAACGUGAAUUUGAGAUUUACAGAAAACAAUACCAGUGUUUUGUUUCCGUUGUCUUUCAUUUGCCACGUGUCUACAUUCUUCCAAGUUUGGGGGUCACCCCUCUAGCUUCAGAUGCCGCUACUGCACCUUCAUGUGCUCCAGCCACAAGAGCAGAGAACGGGAAGGUCCCUUCCUGGUGGGCAUCGUCUGACGCUCUUGAACUUGAGCCGUGCAGUGCUCCCUUCCUUGUCCCUAACCCAUUGCCUCCAUCCCCUCCUACCUGCUGCUCACUGCCCUCUCCCCCAUCAGAAGGAGCUGGUUCUCACAAACUGCGCUCUGGAUGGCAUGCAGGGCUAGAGGCUUUGCUGGCAGAGCUUGUGUUUGAGGAGCUGAGAGCAGAGCUGGAGGGGGACCAGGUGCCCUCAUCAGGUUUCUACAUGCACCACAUGGCGGGCCAGAUGCUAUGAACAAAAUGAAGAAUAGUGGCCACUUAGUGAUGUUGUUUACCCAAUACCACUGUCCAGUUGUGCAGAUCCACCAGGCUAUACUGGGUCAGGGAUGGGCUAGGACAGGUCUGGGAGGUGGCAGGAAGCAGAACAUGGGGAUGGGAAGAUAGUCUUUAAAAGAUGGUAACCAAGCUGGGUGACUGCGGUAAUCUGACGUUUUAGGUAUUCAUCCUGCAAACCCUUCCAGGAUGCUGUGUAUGAGGACCCAAAGCUGGGCAAGCCAGAGAGGGGGGAUUCCCAAGGAAAAAGACAUGCGAGGCAAGGAAGCCACUGAGGAUGAGGGCAGUUCUCAGCCUGCCCUCCAGGGCCAGGCCAGAGAAGAAGGAGCAGCAGGGAGGAAGGAUCUGAGCAAAAGCUUCCAUGGAGGGUUAAGUGUCAAAGCCAGGUGGGAAUAAAUACGAACACCGCCCACCUACCUCCAUGCCCUGGGACACAGGGCCUGUGGAUUCGCAUGUCCAUAGAUCACCUAGGUUUUCAGAGGUCCCUGCUCAGAUGCAACCACCCCAGGAAGGAGCAGUAAGGCCAAGCUACUACGUAGUGAAUAAGAGCCACCCGGAAGAAAGAAGCUGGAGCCCUACAGCUAUAAACCUCACACUGGAGUUCUGAAAGAAACAGCAAUACCAUAAACUCCCAUAGGGAAUCAUAAUCAGGAAAGGAAUUCACGAUAUAAAAUAAGUGUUCUGUGCUGUUAACCAUGUAACUGUAUACCAUCUAAUGGCAGAGAUACUCGGAGGUUUGGCUUCAUCCCCAAGUCAGAAAGGAAUUCCAGUUUUGCAGCUGGAGGCAAACCCUCAUCCCUAUCCUGAAGUUUUCCUUUUCUUCCCCAUCCCCCCCAACCCAAAGAUCAAACUACUGUUGAGUCUCACGACAGAUUGGAUUUUGCAACAACGGGAGGCAAACGGAGUGAUUUGUAUCAAUGGAAUUGCACUGACAGUGUUUCUUAGAUUACUAAAAUUUUUAAUAUAAAAUGAAGAUUUUUUUAAAAAUCAGGAGUUGAUUUUAGGUACCAGGACAUUAGUUCAGAUGAUUUCAUUUUUCUUUCUACAGUGUUAAAAGUGCACUUAAAUGCUGGUUUAUUUACAUCUUGGGAAAAAGACUGAAAAUUGAAGGGGAGAUUGUUACUUUUUCUUUUUUUAAAAAAAAGAUUAAGCAGAUUUUAAGACUUAUAAAUGUUUAAGAAAUUAUAAACAAGGUUAGACCCUUUGAAAAAAGUUUAGAAGAUAUUCUUAAAGUAAAUUUUUAUAGUGUUAAUUUUGUAAUAAUUUAUGUUUUACUAUAUUACAGAGCUAACUGACCAGAAUAGUUUCAGGAACAUUAUGAAACUUAGGAAAGUUUAAGCAAUGUUUAUAUUUUUUAAAUGUCCUUUGAAUUAUGUUUUUAUUGUACAUUUCUUCAGACUGAAAAGUAUGUACAUAUCUUUGUUAUUUUUGCACAAUUUUUGUCUCGUUCGGUUUUAGAAGUCUUGUUUUUUUAAUAAUUUAUUUUGAGUUGUAAAACUUGCAGGAGUAAAAACAAAACAAAAAUCUCAGCAACAAAAUAAUCCUCUGAUUUAUAAACUCUUAACACUCAGAGAGGGAAAACAAAGGUUGAGAGAUUAAGUGGCUGCUUCUGAGAAAUAAUGUCUCAACAGAGACUAAAGGAGCAAUUCAAUAAGUUUAAAUGUAGCUCUCUACAACUUGAAUUGCAAGCUGGAAUAAAGAGGCUCCCCCAACUGAAUGCUGCUUACUUGGUGAAAGACUGGCUCUGACCAAGGUGAGGAUGUUUCUGGAAAACUGAGCAAAAAGGGAAAGCCCACGGUGUUUCUUCCUUCACAAUCAACCACAGGUUUACUUUAUAACAAUGAAUUAAAAACUCACAGCUUGAAAAAUGGAAUGCAAAUAAAAGGUUUUCUUUGGGUUUGUUUUAACAGAGUUCAACUGGACCAGCCUAGAAAGCAUUAUUAGGGUGAUAUCUAUUGGGUACUUCCGUUCUUUGCACCCCACUCAGCCCCUUGACUGCACACAGCCCCAUUUGCCUGAAGAUCUCGUGACUUGUCGCCAGCCAUAGAGGCUUGAAAGCUCUGGUUGUUAAGCAUAAUGCAGUGCAUAGACCUGUCAGCCAUAAAAAAAGCGACUUGGAUAACGUGUAUGCCUUCUUUUGUAUUAAUGUACCAAUUGUAAAUAAUGCUGAUCAACCUUUGUAGAGAAUAGUUUAUACAGCAUAUUCUAUUAUUGCUGAUUCUCAGUGAACUCUUGUUUUAAAAAAGGAAAAAAAGAAAUUUUCUAUUUACACCUUAUAUUUUGUUAUGCUGUCAGCCCAUGGCACUUUAACAAAACUCUGUGGGUUUUAUGUAGCUGGUCAGUCAUGGGGUAUAUUAAAUAACUGUUGCACAGACAAGAAUUUGCACCUGCUCAUUUGUCCUUUCCUACUACCAAUUUUAGAACCUUUUCCAGAAGAAUUUUGAAAAAAGCAUGUCCAAACAUUCUAAACAAAUGCCACACUUGUGGAGUGGGUUUCUUUUCUACAAUCCAUAUUUUGUAACACUAAGUAUUUUCCUCCUUUGUCCCGCACCUUGAUGUAUUAGCACUAUCAGAGAGAAUUCAUUCCAUGCCUGUGAUAUUGCGAGCAGAAUAAAUGUCUAAAGUAGGUGUAAAUAGUAAAUUCUAUGGCUUACAGUUUUAAAAAGGAAAGAACAAACAUGUAUCUAUUGAUACUGCCGUGGUUCAGUACCAGGCCUGGAGACAUUCUCCAGCGAGCGAUUGUAAUUUUUUUUUUGCUUUUUUUUGUUUUUGUAACAUGGCUUUGUAAAUAAAAUAAUUUAUAUGUUU